CGAGCAAUCAGACUCUAUCUAUUGAAAAUAUGCAAAGUUAAAAGAGUUGAAAUUCUUAACCGAAAAAUGCGAGUCCAAAUUAGUAAAA